CAAAAAAAUCUAACUUACCGUGGACAAUCGACAUGCUAAAUUAAAAAAAUAUCUGAGAGGUGACUGAUCCGGUUCACGUGGAAUGGCCCAUAGGUAUAUGUUUCAGUUGAUAAGACAUAUUUCGACAAAUAUUUGACCAAAUUUCCUGUACUGUGAAUAUUUUUUUUCAAAUUUCAACAGUACUGUUGUUCAUGACAUAGUGUUGUGAUGAAAUUUGGAAAGAAACCGAAAUUCGGAAAUGUUGAUAUUACUGAAUUGUGUCGUAAAUUGCAAUUUUGUUGAUGUACUUCAACAUAAAAAAUACGAUAAAACUAGUAAAAAUUGAAAGCACGAAAAUUUGUAUCCAAAACAUGAAAAUUACGAUUAUUUGGUGUUGAAAUUUUGCAGGAACGGUUUGAAACUCUAAUUUUUUAAUAUCUCAGUAUUUUUCGUAUCAAAUCCGCAGUAAACGUAAAUAAAUCUAAAUCAAGAAUUAAAUAUGGUCGUUUUCCGUGUUUUUUUGCUAAAAAUAGGGUAAACCUCACGUUUCAAUGAUUACCUACAUUUGAUACCCGCUAUGAAAGAACAAGUUGUUCCGAUCUACAUUUAUCUACUUUACAAUUACCUUCACGUAAUUGAAACGCUCUCAGCGAUUCAGAGAAGAUUUUUUUUUUUACUCACAUUUUUGGUAAUUUCGUACGACAUUCGACACUAUUGUGUGAACACAUUUUAUAAGACAUUUUCUUGGACAUUUCGGUGAGAAACCUACUCAAAAUGACCGGUUUCUAUUUUUUAUAUGACGGUUUUUUGAUACAAAACUCGCAAAAUUCAAUUUCUACGUGGUUCUCGGCUCCGUCACUGUUCGUCAAAUAAAAUAUAUCUUCCGCACGAGAAGUUUGUCGCAGGAAUAAAUAGAAAGCCAAGACGUUGCACUUGGAUACAAAACCAGAAAUAAAAUUUCCCCGUUCGACUAGCAGUGACUAUUUUAAUAAUUACCGAACUGUUUUCAAGAUAUUUUCAGAUUUCGUUUUUCAUGAAACUUUUGCUAAUUUUUUAUGUUCAAGUCGUUCGCGUAGUGGUGUAGUGAGUCUAAAAAGCCCGAACCCCCGGAUCAACAUGCUGGACCGUUAGUAAAGAAAAGUUGCAAUCCAAUUUCAGAAUAUCAGAGUUACCAUACUUUUAGUAUCUCGAGCAACCAAAAUUGAGCGAUAAUUUUUUUCACUUCUAUGGAUUUUGAAAUGUCUCCAACUUUCGGUCAAAAAUUUUUAAAUUUUUUGGAAAACUUGAGGAUACUUUCCGGAGGAAUACCCAAAUGUCGAGGUUAUCAAUUCUCGCCGAAAUCCCAAUUUUUAUGGAAUAUGCUACUCAAUAUCUGAAAAGGUUCCACUCGCGUGAGACUAAAUGGAAACUAAUCACCAUUGAUCACAGAUCACCAUACGAUAGCUUCUAACCAAGGUAUCCGCCUAAAUUUUUGACCACAAAAGUCUCACUACGGAAAAGCAUGAAUGCCCCAGUUAUGGAUAAAUGGAGGAAUAUAUCUUACCUUUGUGCCCGAUAUUUAUUGCGGCUCCGACGCGGUACCGAAUACCAGCGUGAAUUAAUUCGCUUACCAGGCAUUAUUACACAAUCAACAAUUCGUCACUUUAUUUCGAUGUAACAAGUGAUCACCGUUAUUAGUUCAGACAUUACGCUAACAGUCCGCGGCGCUGAACUCCGGCAUAAACAAACAAUCUUAUUCGUUCGUGGUUCAAACGAUAACGGCUGUGAUUGGGCGGCGCGUUCGCGCCACCAUUUUGAUGCAUGGCAUUGGCUUUCGCAAUGCACGGCAGCGAUGCCGUGGUGCAAGGUACCUGAUUGCAUUAUUCGGAAGUACUCCGGAAGCCAUUCUGGCACAAAACCUUGUGGAGUGCAAGUGGUGAAAGUUUACGGCGAAAAAAGUAAGUAUUCGUUACAUAUUUAUUGUAUUUAUAUUAUGAUAUGAUCCGUUAGGUACGUUUUGUUAUUGGAAUACGUAGAAUGAAGAAAAUAAAUAAAUAAUAUUUCUGGCGUUCGGAUCCAGGCAAAACUUGAAUUACAAUGUUGUAUUAGACGUAUGUACGGAAUCUGUUACGCGUUCUCGAACGGUUUCUGGUUAACACGUUGGCUGCCGCGCAAAUUUUACGUGACUUGCCCGAGGCGCCAACAUGUAUUUUUCAUUAUGCGAUGCAUGUUAUGUGGAAAUUUUAUAUACAAUGGAUAAAGUAACUUGUACUAACAUGUUUUAUGCACUUGUCGUGGUGGGGGUCACCGGUGACCCCCAAGGCGCUGAAGACCGUGUCUGCGAUUUUCAAUUGUUCCAAACUGUUACGCUUCUGUUUCUAAGCAGUUAAUGUCGUUUUUCAGUCUCGUUCAGUGCUUCCGACAAGUAGAUGGGAACGACUUUAUCGAGAAAAGAAGCUAUAUAUGAGGGUCUGGCAGAGGCGGCGGCUCCGACCGCAGCGGAGGUGGCAGCUCCGACUGCGGCGGGGUCGUCGGGCGAAGCGGCGGCGGCGGGGCCCCAGGUGGAUGAGGUGGCAGCUCCAUCCCCUGGUAAAAAUAAUCAUUUCCACGUGGAUUUCUUCAUGUUACGAAGGCAUAGGAAGCAAGUCUUUAGCUUGUGUUUUUGGUAUAUUGUCGUGCCUUUCGUCAAUCCGGAAUGCGUACCAAUUUUUUCUUCGCUAUAUUUUUAUGGUCUAUGGAAACACCAGUUAUUCUUUCGAAGAGUUCAGAUAUUUAGGGGAGAGUCGGGUAGUAUCGGACAGCGGGUAGUAUCGGACACACCGUGAUUUGACGAUUUGUCAACAGAUGGAGACACCUAAUGGCACUCAAUAUGAAGACUUUGAUCGAUAUAUCUCGCGCGUGCUUUUUCGGAGUUCAACUGUUAAACAAAAGUUGUUUUUAGGGCAUUUGUUUAUUUUGCAGAUGGCGAGUGUAUGUCACAAGCAAUAUUUAAAGUGCUACAAAAUCUCCAUAGUAAGUAUUUGCUAUGUAAUUUUUUUUGUUAUCCGUCCGAAAUUACCUUGAAAACAUGCUGGUAAAACGAUGAUACUAUAAAUUUAGUACUGUAAUCAUCAUAACGUAAACAAUAUCAUUCGGUGAUUCGGGUAGUACCGGACACAUGUUUGCGGGUAGUAUCGGACAAAGGAACCUAUGUUUAAAAAGUUGUAUUUUAGCUAUGAUCAAAAUUAUUCGGACCAGAUGACAGUGAUAAUAAUUCGAAUGCAGGUGAUUGUAGUAAAAGGACGCCAGUGUACUUAUAAUAGCUGAAUAUUUUUUCCAGAAACAGUAAGAAGUUUGGAAUUAUGCCCAAAUUUAAGUCCAAAAAUAUUCGCGGGAAAUGGGCAGAAGAUGCAAUGAAAGCGGCUGUAUCAAGUAUCCUGACAAACCGAAAGACACUGAGACAGGCCACAGUAAUUUUCGGCGUCCCGAAAAGUUCCCUGGGAGAUCGAUUAAAAAAAUUAAAAAGGGAAGAGGAAAUAACAAUGAAGCCCGACAUGGGUAGAUUCAGACAAACUUUUUCUCAGCAGAGUUGGUUCGACCUAGAUCGAAUGGAAUUUUUGAAGUUGGCAUUUAAUUUGGCUGAGGCUAUGAAAAUUUCUCAUCGUUUCAGUACGGCAUCGAAGAGCGCUGGCAAAGAUUUUUAUUAUGGUUUCAUGAAACGGCACCCUGAACUGUCUUUACGAACUGCUGAAUCAACAAGCAUGCAACGGGCUGUUGGUUUCAACAAAUCUCAAGUUUCUCGAUUCUUUGAACAAUUAAAAACGAUGUUAGAUAAAUUCAACUUUCAUCCAUCAAAAAUCUUCAACGCUGAUGAAACUGGUGUUUCAAUCGUUCACGCAAAUGACGCCAAAGUGAUAUCAGUGAAGAGCAAGAAACAAGUAGGAAAACUAACUUCCGGCGAAAGAGGUCGCAACAUCACCAUAAUGCUUUGCAUAAAUGCUCUCGGAGAUCAUUUUAUUCCACCUUUAUUCAUAUUUCCCAGGAAAAGACUAAAUACUCGACUUAUGAUUAACGCUCCAGAAGGAAGUCACGGUGCAGUGCAAGAUAAUGGUUGGAUCAAUGGUCCCAUUUACUUGAGAUGGCUUCAAGAGUUCAUCAAGCGUGUACGCCCAACUGAAAAAGAACACGCCCAACUGAAAAAAAACCUGCUUUAUUGAUAAUA